GAAGAAAAGUUGUAGAGAUCUGAGAAAAAGUUUCAUUUUUUAUUAGAUCUUAGAAAAAAUGAAAAAUCAAUCAGAUUUGAGAUCCGAGAACUCGUACCUCAGAUCUCAGAUAUGUCAUCUGUGCUGUUACCGCCAUCGCCAUCUCAUCGUCGCCAUUGCCGUUGCCUUCUUAGAUCUCAGAUCUGUCAUUCUCCUCCUCUUCCUUCUUCUUCCCUCCUUUCCUCUUUCUUCCUUCAUUUUUUGUCUCCUGUUCCUUUUUUUUACCUUUCCCCUUCCUUCCUUUCUUUCCUUCUUAUAUUCUUUCUCAACCUACAAAAGACUCUCUUCUCCACUUCUCCUUUCUCGUAUAUGACUAUUUACUAUUUUGCCCUAAUGCAAACUGUUCGACCCCAACGGUCCAAUCAAAAACCGAUAACUAGAACGAUUCCAUUUACGGGUCAGUUUUUAAAACCUUUCUCCUCUCUUUAGUUCCACUAAAGAACUCAUUUGAGGCGAGGCUUUUAACGUUUCUCCCACAGCUUUACCAGCCUUUUCUUAUAUUUCUUUUACCAGCCUUUUCUUAUAUUUCAUUCUCGUAUGCUCCUAUUGUUAUAUUUUUCCUUCCACGGAGAAGGGGACCAAGGUGUGAUUCCAUUGAAAUCUCGUUUGGUUUUCCAAUCCACUAGGUCCUCCUCUUCGCCAUAAAAUGUUACCUGAAAAUGUUUUUCUUACCAGAAAAUUGGACAAGUGUGGGAAAACUACUCUGUGAUGAACUGCUUGUUGUACGUGUCUUCUGCGGUUAUAUGAUCAAAGACUUUCAUCAUGAAGCGUUCUUUCUAUGCCUUUUGUAGUUCAUCAUGGAAAAAAAGCAUAGACCAUUCUGGUAUUAAGGCCAUUAACUUAGACUUCAUGUUGACGAGAUUUCGUGUUCAGUGUUUUUCCACCCCAUGUGGCAGCGGUAGUGGGCGUGCCUCUCGGUCAUCGAAGCCGGAUCCUGGGCUAUCAGCCAUGGAUGAAGUUGAGAAAGGCGCUUUCUAUGUUGUUCGCAAGGGGGAUAUCGUUGGUGUUUAUAAGACUUUAACUGAUUGCCAAGCUCAAGUUGGAUCUUCGGUAUGUGAUCCUUCAGUCAAUGCGUACAAAGGGUAUUCUCUGCCCAAGGAAGCUGAGGAGUUUUUUGUUGCACGUGGGCUCAAGAAUGCUAUGUAUUCCAUCAGCGCUAAGGAUGUAACAGAGGACCUUUUUGGAGCUCUUAUUCCUUGUCCUUUUCAGCAACCAGUGUCCCCUAAAGGCAAGACAUCUAAGAAGGAUUCCCCACAAAAGAGGUCACAUGAAGCAUUGGAGUUAGACAGCAAUGUGUUGUCCUGCAUUCUUGAGUUCGAUGGUGCUUCAAAAGGAAAUCUUGGGAAAGCUGGUGCUGGAGCUGUACUUCGAGCUGAAGAUGGAAGUGUGAUUUAUCGAUUGCGUGAAGGUGUGGGUGGUACUGCAAACAACAGUAUUGCUCAAUAUCGAGCAAUGCUCUUAGGAUUAAAAUAUGCUCUCAAGAAAGGAGUUAAGCGAAUUCGCGUGCAGGGUGACUCCAAAAUUGUUUGUAUGCAGGUUCAGGGUCUAUGGAAAACCAAGAACCAGAACAUGUCGGACUUGUUAAAGGAGGUCAAGGAGCUCAAAGAUAAAUUUCUGUCUUUUGAGAUUAGUCACGUUCUCAGGGACUUCAAUUCUGAUGCUGAUGCUCAAGCAAAAUUGGCUGUCAAUCUUCAAGAUGAUGAAGUUCAAGUGGAGUGAAAAGUAACUUGUGAAUAAUCAACAACAGCUCCAUUCUUAAUGUUUCUGCUGGAGAAAUGGACAGAACAUGAAAUUACUACCUUAUACUGCAAAUGGGGUCAAAGAUUAAUGACUUUGUGAUCCCAUAGUCUGGCCUGUUGGUGAGCGAUGCCAAUGUGACAACAGUUACCUGUGCCUGGAUGGUACUUACUGGAUACAAUUUUAGCAUGCCCCGACUUUGGGCUUUAUUGAGUAUGGUGUCUACCUUGGAAUUUUUUAGGAAGGCUGAUACAGUUUUGUGCAUUGGUGGGAAAAAAUUUAAGGAUUUCAGUUUGAGCUUCAUUGAGAACGAGACAAUACUCUAGUUUAAGGAUUUCAGUUUGGUGCCUCUGUUUCACAAGGGAGGAAUUUCAAGGGAAAAGAAUUUAUUAUUAUCUGUACUUAAGUUUAUUAAAAUGACUAUUUAUUUCAAGUCUAGAUCAGCUGAUGUGUAUAAAUCAAUCCCAUGUUGUGCAAUGUUUUUUGGUUUUGUUGAAAUUGAACUGAAUAAAUUGGUAGUGGUCCAUGAAAAGUUCUAGCUGGAACUGAGGUUCUGUUUGUUUGUGGGGCAAAUCUGAAUCUCAUAUAAAAUUUGACCAGGUUCAGUUUUGCAUCUGCUUAUUUUUGUAAGGGAAAAUUUCGUAAGUGGUUUAUGAAAUUGAUUGACUCUACCUUUACUGUGAAAGUA